AUGUCGGCCAAGACUGAGUCUGCUCGCCCUCGGGCGACGGAGACCAAGAAGGUUCACAUCGCUGAUACUGCCAUGACCCGCCAAAACUGGUACAAGCACGUCAAUUGGUUGAAUGUUUUCUUAAUCAUCGGUAUUCCCGCCUACGGAUGCAUCCAAUCUCUCUGGGUGCCCCUUCAGCUCAAGACCGCUGCCUGGGCCGUUAUCUACUACUUCUUCACUGGUCUCGGUAUCACCGCAGGAUACCACCGUCUUUGGGCUCACUGCUCAUAUUCUGCCACUCUGCCCCUUCGUAUCUGGCUUGCUCUCGUUGGCGGUGGUGCCGUUGAAGGUUCCAUCCGCUGGUGGGCUCGCGGUCACCGCGCCCACCACCGCUACACCGACACCGAGAAGGAUCCUUACUCGGUCCGCAAGGGUUUCUGGUACUCCCACCUCGGCUGGAUGGUCAUGAAGCAGAACCCCAAGCGCAUCGGCCGUACCGAUAUCUCCGAUCUCAACGAAGACCCUGUCGUCAUCUGGCAGCACCGCCACUACCUGAAGGUUGUCUUCGGCAUGGGUCUCAUCGUUCCCAUGCUUGUUGCUGGUCUCGGCUGGGGUGAUUGGUUCGGUGGAUUCGUUUAUGCCGGUAUCCUGCGCAUCUUCUUCGUCCAGCAGGCUACCUUCUGCGUCAACUCCCUGGCUCACUGGCUCGGUGACCAGCCCUUCGAUGACCGUAACUCUCCUCGUGACCAUGUCAUCACCGCUCUCGUCACUCUCGGUGAGGGCUACCACAACUUCCACCACGAAUUCCCCUCCGAUUACCGCAAUGCCAUCGAGUGGCACCAGUACGACCCCACCAAGUGGACCAUCUGGAUGUGGAAGCAGCUGGGUCUCGCCUACGACCUGAAGCAGUUCCGUGCCAACGAGAUUGAGAAGGGACGUGUCCAGCAGCUCCAGAAGAAGAUCGACCAGAAGCGUGCUCGCCUCGACUGGGGUACUCCUCUUGACCAGCUCCCCGUUAUGGAGUGGGAUGAGUACGUUGAGCAGGCCAAGAACGGUCGUGGUCUAAUCGCCAUUGCAGGUGUAGUUCACGACGUCACCGACUUUAUCAAGGACCACCCCGGUGGUAAGGCCAUGAUCAACUCUGGUAUCGGCAAGGAUGCCACCGCCAUGUUCAACGGUGGUAUCUACUACCAUUCCAACGCCGCCCACAACCUGCUCUCCACCAUGCGUGUCGGUGUCAUCCGAGGCGGUUGUGAAGUCGAGAUCUGGAAACGCAGCCACAAGGAAAACUCAGAAUAUGUUCGUGAUGAGAUGGGUCAGCGUGUCAUUCGUGCUGGCCAGCAGGUGACCAAGAUCCCUGAGCCUAUUCCCACCGCGGAUGCCGCUUAG